AUGCUGAGUGUGGUGUCUUUGAGUGGCGACCAUGUCCUUCAGCUCAACAUCGACGAGCUGCGUUCUGCUCAGCCCCACGAAGCAGCUGUGAGUGUCAUCAAGCAACGCAUUCGCAGCGAUCGACAGAUUUCGAUCUACAGGCAGCAGUUGCUUUUGGAGGAGCGCUUCCUCUCUGAAGCAGACACCUGGGAAGAUGUUGCACAACUUCAGGAGCUUCAGCUCAUUCUAACUGACUACGUCGAGGACUACACAGAUCAGUUUAUAGCUGCAGCAGCUGUUGGUCUGGCAGAAGUGGUCGUAGGCUACCUCAAAUGCUUCCAGUGCCCGGAUGUCAGUAAUGCCCAGGGACAAACCGCAAGUUGGAAGGCGGCUGAAGGAAAUCAUGUUGCAGUGUUGAAUGUGCUGCGCGAAGGUUGUGCCGACUUUGAGAAGACAGAUUCCCUUGGGCAGUGCCCACUACAUGCGGCUGCUAAGCAUGGCCAUGCAGAGGUAGCACAUCGAUUGCUGGAAGAGCGGGCAGAUGUGAACCCAAUGUCUGAUGAAGAGCUGACACCGCUGCAUGCUGCUGCGCAACUUGGGCAUGCGGAGGUGCUUCGCUAUUUGACCGACGCUGCUGCCAAUGUAAAUAUCGCAGGCAAAGACAGCGCCACUCCCCUCUUCUUGGCAGCUCGGGGUGGGCAACUCCCUUGCCUCAUGCAAUUGCUGGCAGCCAAUGCGGACUUUAACUCUGCGGCAGCCCAUGGGGAGGCGCCAUUGUUCGUGGCUGCGCAGUAUGGAUAUUUGGAGAUGGUGCGCUGUUUGGUGUCAGCAGGUGCAAACAAAGACCAAGCGGCAGAUGACGGCCUCACACCGCUGCUAAUAUCUGCUCAAAACAACCAGUGGUGCAUCUUCCGCUAUUUGGUGCAAGCUGGAGCUAACACUGCGCUGGCGGCAUUGGACGGCAUGACUCCCUUGACCGUCGCAACUCUGAAUGGGUCCUUGGAGGAAGUGCGUCUACUGCUCCAAGAAAAGGCCUUCAUAGACGCACAGAGUAUGGGAUCCACGCCUUUGUAUACUGCAGCAAAGCACGGGCAGUCAGAGCUAGUGAGGCUUCUGUUGGAAGCACGAGCUGACGUGGACAAGGCUGGCCCAAACGGAUCUACACCUUUGUUUGUCGCGGCCAAAUAUGACCGACUUGCGGCUGCGAAACUUUUGGUUGGAGCAGGUGCAGACAAAGAUCGAACAGACCUUCAUGGUGCCAGCCCUUUGUUCAUUGCUGCCAAGUACGGCCAGGUGGACAUGCUGCGAUUCUUACUGGAAGCCAAAGCGGACAAAGAUUCCUAUGGCCAGCAUGGCGCGACCCCUUUGUUGGUGGCUGUUGAGAUGGGUCAGCAGGAUGCCGUCAAAGCUCUGGUGGAUGCAAACGUAGAUUUAGACAAAUCCGGAAAACACGGAACCACACCUUUGUUCCACGCAGCUCAAGAUGGUCACCUGAACAUCGUGAAGUGCCUGGUGCAGGCGGAGGCUGACCUGGACAAAGCUGCGGAGGAUGGAGCGACGCCGCUGAUCAUCGCAGCUCAAAGCGAGCAGCUGAAGACCGUGAGUUUUUUGGCCGAAAGCAGAGCUGAUUUGAACAAGGUCGGCCAUCAUGGUGCCAGCGCAUUAUUCAUUGCAGCUCUCAGUGCUCAAACUCAAAUGGUGCGCGUUUUAGUGGAAGCCAACUCUGACCUCAAUCUUGCUGGAAAAGAUGGCGCGACGCCACUCUUUGUAGCUGCCCAGAACGGCUUCCUGGAGAUCGUCCAGUCAUUGUGUGAAGCUAGAGCAAAUGUAGAGCAAGUUGACGAAGAUGGCACUUCAACUGUGGAAAUUGCGCAGAGAAGUGGCCACUCUCUCAUAGCCAAAGCCGUGGCGCUGGCCACGGGCACUGCGGAUGUGCCACGGCGGCUGCAGAUCCCGGGAGAAGAUUUGGACUUCGUAACCCAUCGACCGCCCAUACACAACCAGGAGCUUUUGGCAAAGAUCGGGCACCUACUUGUUGUAGGCGCUGGCCUCAGUGCAGCGGAUGCCAUACUACACGCGUUGGGCCUAAGUGCCGAGGGCGUCAACGUGCGAGUGACGCAUGUGUUUCGUGGGAAAGCUGCAGACACAAAGAUUGGCAAAAUGUUCGGCCAGACAAGUUUGGCCUCCAUGUACCGUGAUGAAGAGUGGCUUGCAAAGAUGAUGCAAGGAAGUGUCUCAGAUCCCCGCUACACGGCCAAGGCUGAAGCGCAGCUGCAAGAAAUCUUGGAGGAUGGCACUUGUAUCAUCAAGACCAACGAAGGCCAAGAACGUGUUGAAGAGGUAUCGGUUGUGGCUUUGCUCUUGGGUGCUGGCCCUUCCUUGCACUUCUUGCCUUCUUCACUGCGAAAAGCCCAGCGACCUGAGCCUUAUCUGCCCCGGACGCGCACAGAUGGUCAGCCAAGUAGCCACCCUUAUUUCUUGGAGGUGAUUCCAGAAACAUUGCAGCUCGCAGAUGCCAAGACUGGCCAGGUACUGCGGCAAAAUGUGUUUGCCUUGGGGCCUCUGCGGGGUGACAACUUCAUCCGUUUCUUGACUGGAGAUGCAUUUGUGGUGCGACGGCAGCUGGAAGAGCUGAAACGCACCGAGUGCAAAAAAGACGCGGAGGAGGACGAGGAGCAGGAGGAGGAGGAGAAGGAGGAGGAGGAGAGGGGCGCCGCGAUGCUUCGUGCAUGUCUGCCUCUCGAUCGUCCGUACCUCUUUCCGACCGACGAACCCCCUAUGCCGGAUUGCCUUUCUACACGUUGAACUACUCUUCCUGAAGCCGUUGAUAUCAUCCAACUCCCUGCCGAGAGCCAACCCAGCUCAGUCUGACGAGAUAUUUGUUGGUAACGAGUAUUCGAUGACAGGCAGGAAUGUUUGUAUCAUUUGCGUAAUUACCAACUGCAACUUCAACAGCCUAGAUUACAGACAUCAUGGCAUUCGAUUCGAGCU